UCGGGUACUGUCAUGUUGUGUGAUUAGCUGUCAAAAAAAAACCACUAAAAAUGAAAUACAAGACUGAACCAAAUGUGCGCUACAGGCCCAGAUUUCGAACCCUUACCUGCUUUCAGCGGGGACAAAGCUAGAUGUUAAUACUCAUCUGCCUAAUAUGAACGCUAUUGUAGUGAUCCACUUUCUGUCAAUUCAUAGAUCAGCAAGCUAUAUUCUUGUUGCAUAUACACGAGCGCUUCAACUGCCCUGACAAGGAGUAGCCCAGCUCAUUGACGUUGAUGCCGGGGACGGGUGGAAGGCGAACGUGUGUUGGAGCAACUGCGGGACUAUUGUUUCCAGAUGACGCGAUGGACCCAGCUAUCCAGCAGUUUGCUCAUCAUUGCAGACACAGACAACAGAAGCAUUGUGGCAGCACAAAGAGGAGAGACACAGUAGAUAAUAUAAGUGUUGAAGAAGGACACAGUGACUCAGACUUGUCCGACUCUGAGAGGCAUUCUGUGCUGCCCUCGGGUGGAGUUCCUCCAAAGCUUGAGCUGCGACCAGAAGUCAUCCAAACUAGAAACUGCCCCUCUCCUGGCAUCAGACCCAAAGAGCAGAGACUUACACGGUAUGACUUCCCAGACUUUCUCCCUCCACCGUUUAAUUCCUGGACCGUUGGUCAACUCUCUGUUUUCUACAACACAGAGCACCGAGGGGCCGCGCGACAUCGGCCAGUCUCCUCACUCGAAAGAUAUUUGGAAAGGCUGCUGGAAUUAGAGUGGCAACAGUUUCAAACUAUUCAGGAAGAAGGUGGAAUACCUACCUGUCAAAGGACACCUCAUACUUUCUUAUCAUGCCUCAGCUCUCCAAAAUGCUUUCUUCAGUGCCAACGUGCCUUCCCCCUUACCUUCCUAUCCUCUCUAGCCAGUCAUUCUGCCAAGCUCCAAUACUGUCCCUGUGUGCAGCUACAGAUACACAACACUUCACGCUGCGUUGUGUCCUGCCGCUCCACUGACAACCAUCAGCCACUUGGCCCGCUGUUGGGUAAUAGGAGCACUAUGUUUUUUCCCAAAAGAAGUUACAGUGAGAUUCGUGUGCAUGUCGAAAAUAGUUCACCCUUCCGACCUCCAAGGUUGAGCAGCCCUGUGAGAACAAACAAUAGCCACAUGAGGAGGAUGGAAGCGUUGGGCAACAUUCGCAAUCCUAUCCAAGUUGCAAAACACAAACCUGCCAGGUACCCAAGCACCUCAAGAGAACGGAGGGACCAUGAAGUCGCAUGCAACAGAACAGGGCGUAUAAGGAGAAGUGUCUCAGAGCAGAGAAAAAGUGGUGCAGAAAUACAAACUGCAUUAGAGAGGCCAAUAAGGGGCUCCGAAUGCAGAAAAAAAGGAGAUACAAGGCAAAAAGCUGUGCCCAAGGAGCAGGAAAUAAAACCUAAUGCUGUGAAUGCAAUUAAGGACAACUUACCCGGUCCAAGUAUUCUGCAAAAAACAGAUUAAAACAAGUUCAAUUUCUUUCAUAAUAGUAAUUUUAAGUUUCAUCUUAAGAAUUCAGCGAAAAAAUGUUCUCUACAAUAUGUUCAAUGCAGCCGUACUAGUCUAAACUUGGUAUUUUGGUUAAUAUUGCGUUUGUGGAAUGUGAAUUUAGUAGCUAAUAUCCUGUUUGGGUGCAGGGGUGCAUUUUACCACUUGCUGUUGACUGAAAAUUACAUCACAAUUGCUCAGGGGUCACUUAACGAUCAAUUGCGGCUGUUGUAAACUGUUGGCAUAAUUAUUACUUUAUUUUAUGUCCUGUACUUUUUAAGGAAGGCAAACAGGCUUUUCCUGUGUUCAUAUCAUGAUAUAUUAAAUCCUUGUUGGACGCAUGACAUUGAAAGACUUGAAAUGGACACACCAAAACAAAAAGUAUCGAUUGAGAAUUUUGCUUCAUAACAGAGUACACUGCCACUUAAGAUGAAGGGAAAAAACAUACAGCUUUCAUUAUCACAGAUUUGCAGCCUCUUUUUGCAGUUGAAGUUGUGUGGUUUGAGGAGAAAAAAAAACAACGUUCGAGCCAUGUUAUGUUGUGUCCUCUAUGAAUGCGCGCUUGUAACAAAUGAAUGACAAAUGGACAAACACAAUUUUUUUUGUUACAACUUUUUAAUUUUAUUAAAUUUGUUAUAUAUAUGUAUAUAUAUUUUAUGCUAAUGCAUUGUCAUGUGUAUGUAUAUAUAUAUAUAUAUAGUCAAUGCAUAAGCAGUUACCAUUAAAAGGAACCUGAAAUAA